CGUAGUUUCCGUUUCCUGCACGUUUUUUUCUUCCGGCCCUUGAGUACCGCGUACUGGGCCUGGUGUUCGACUCCGGCUGAGGCUGCGGAAGGCGACAUUGAUCAUGGCGAUGUUUGAGCAGAUGAGAGCGAACGUGGGCAAGUUGCUCAAGGGUAUCGACAGGUACAAUCCUGAGAACUUGGCGACCCUGGAACGGUACGUGGAGACACAGGCCAAGGAGAAUGCCUAUGAUCUGGAGGCCAACCUGGCUGUCCUGAAAUUGUACCAGUUCAACCCGGCCUUCUUUCAGACCACGGUCACUGCCCAGAUUCUGCUGAAAGCCCUCACCAACCUGCCCCACACCGACUUCACCCUGUGUAAAUGUAUGAUCGACCAGGCACAUCAAGAAGAGCGGCCCAUCCGACAGAUCUUGUACCUUGGGGACCUGCUGGAGACAUGCCACUUUCAAGCCUUCUGGCAAGCCCUGGACGAGAACAUGGACCUCUUGGAAGGCAUAACUGGCUUUGAAGACUCUGUCCGAAAAUUUAUCUGCCAUGUGGUGGGCAUCACGUACCAGCACAUCGACCGCUGGCUGCUUGCUGAGAUGCUUGGAGAUCUGACUGACAACCAGCUUAAGGUAUGGAUGAGCAAGUACGGCUGGAGCGCCGACGAGUCGGGGCAGAUCUUCAUCUGCAGCCAAGAAGAGAGCAUUAAGCCCAAGAACAUUGUGGAGAAGAUCGACUUUGACAGUGUGUCCAGCAUCAUGGCCUCCUCCCAGUAACUGUGUGUGCCUUUAAUAAAGACUUGUUCACUCCACCCUGCUGUCUCCUGCCUCUGCCCUCAGAGAGCCAACUUGUGACCUGAGCUGAGGCCUUUCCCCUCCACCUCCUCCUCUGCCCCACCCUAUAGCCUUUUCCUGCCCCUCCUUCUUGACUGAUGAGGCAGACUAAUGGUGAACAGCUUGGGGAGUUGCCACCCUGGGGCCCUGGGCUCUUGAGGGAGCAGAGAUCGGGCUGUGUCUUUAACACGUCAUUGGUGCCCUCAUCUAGAAAGGAGAAAGUAUGGGACUUCCUCAACUGGCGGGGUGAGGUUGGAGGUGGCAUCUGGCCAGUGCCCGCCUGGGAGUGGUGGCCUGCCAGUCCCAGCACUUGGGAGGUACAGGCAGGAAGAUCAGGGGUUAAAACUACUCUUAGCUACAUCAUACCCUGUCUUUAAAAGCAGGUGGAAGGGAUCGGUCAAUAAACUG